AUGAUUUUGAAUGUUGUCAAGGGAACCUUCUUCCUCUUUCUAACUGCAAUUGGCAUUGUAGGGAACAUCAUUGUUUUUGUGAAUUUUAUAUAUAGAUUUUGGAGAGGAACUCAGAAGAAGUCUACACACCUUAUUCUCAUCCAUUUGGCUUUUGCAAACACCAUAAUACUUCUUUCCAAAGGAUUACCAAUGGCAAUAGCAGCUUUUGGUUUGAGAUACUUGCUGGAUGAUAUAGGCUGUAAGGUAGUUGUUUUUCUACAGAGGGUGGCCCGGGAAUUUUCCAUCUGUACCACCACUCUCCUCACUGUGGUCCAGGCUAUUACCAUCAGUCCCAGAAGCUCUCUCUGCUGGAGAUUUAAGCCAAAGACUCCAAGAAAAAUUCUUCCCCUGUUUCUCUUCUUUUGGAUCCUCACUUCCUUGAAACCCAUCAACUUAUUUCAACACAUCGCAAACGUCAGAGCAAACACAUCAGAAGCUGCUAAAACUGACAAUUAUUGUUAUUUUCAACCAGAAAGUCAGAAAGCCAAAUGGCUACUCCUUAUUCUAAUGGCCAUGCACAGUGCCAUGUUUCAGGGUGUCAUGGGUGGGGCCGGUGGCUACAUGCUAUUUCUUCUCCACAAGCAUCACCAGCGUGUUCUCUACCUUCAGAUAUCUCACCUUCACAAAACUCUUCCUGAAAUGAGAGCUGCCCACAGUGUUCUCCUUCUGAUGUUAUGUUUUCUUUUCUUCUAUUGGACAGACUGUGUUCUCUAUCUAUUUUUAAAUUCUGUCUUAGAAACUAAUUCUGCAAUGUUAAAUAUUCAUGGCAUUUUGACCAUUGGGUAUGCAAGUCUCAGUCCCUUUGUGCUGAUUCAGAGAGAUGGAGGUCUGACCUGUUGCAAUUUUCUUUCAAAAAGAAAGACAUUGAAAAUAUCAGUUGCAGUGAUUUGUCAGUGA